GUCAUAGGGUACACUUCCGUUUUGAAUUCCACUGCUCCUGGCCUGGUGCAAGAUGUCUGCUUAUCUGAUCGCCCCCGUCGUCUACCAGCUGCAGGAGGGUCUUCGUCACGUCGACUUCAGAAGCCUCGCCAGCUCCUUCGACGUCAGAAGCUGGAUCGGCCAACUGGACUACGAAAAAGUGGGACUCUUGGCGCUGGCAGCUGUCGCCGCCGUGCUCCUCUUCGACUGGUUUAAUAAGAACUAUACUCCAAACGGCCCGAACUUGCUCGUGUCUUCUCCCCCCCUUUGGGAUGUUGCAGAUCAUGGAGGCCUUAAACAUACCGACACCCACGACAGUGUGUCCUUAAAAAAUCGAUCCCUGGAGACGGUGGCGAAGGUCUUCCAUGCUCUGACGGAGGCGGUGGAGAAGUGGGAGGGCCCACAGGACUUCUCGGCCAGACGUCGUGCCACAUGAAGAAGGGAACUGUUCUCUGUUGAAAGAAAGUCUAAGAAUCAUCGCCAUCCCGUGGUAUUAAUGAAGAUAUGACCCCACGAGGAAAAAACGAAAAAUCGGAGUUUUAUGAUGCGUAUUACUUGCUGGCAAGUAAAUACGGGCAUUGACUACUGCUAUGAUAGACAUUGUUAUUAUUGCUGUUAUUGAUCGUUGUGCUUUUUUCCU